CCUCUGCUUUUAUCAUCUCUCUCUCUCUCCCUCGUCGUUCUUAUCCAGCUCCGCUACCAUCUCCAUAGUCUCUCUCUCUCUCUCUCUCUCUCUCUCUCUCUCUCUCUCUCUCUAUCAGAUCCAAACUACAUGAAAUUCGGGAAAGAGUUUCGUACUCACCUCGAAGAGACGUUACCGGAGUGGAGAGACAAGUUCCUUUGCUAUAAGCCUUUGAAAAAGCUUCUCAAAUAUUACCCCGAUCCCCCUCCCUCUGCUUCUGGUUCCCAUCUCCUCGAUUCGUCCUCCCGCCCCUCUGCUUCUGGUUCCCAUCUCCUCGAUUCGUCCUCCCGCCCCGUCUUUGCUGAUACUACUAACAUCUCUUCCGCUGACCACGACCACGACGUUCUGGUUCUUCCCGCCGCCGGCGUCAGGCCUACCGAGGAUCUCCAGGGCUCGUUUGUCAGGAUUCUCAACGAGGAGCUUGAGAAAUUUAAUGAUUUUUACGUCGAUAAGGAAGAAGAUUUCGUUAUCAGAUUACAGGAGCUCAAGGAAAGAAUAGAGCUAGUUAAGGAGAAGAACACUGGGAAUGGGGAAUUCGCUUCAGAAAGCGAAUUUAGCGAAGAAAUGAUGGGUAUUCGCAGAGACCUUGUUACCAUUCAUGGCGAGAUGGUCCUCUUAAAAAACUACAGCUCUCUUAAUUUUGCAGGACUUGUCAAAAUUUUGAAAAAGUAUGAUAAAAGAACUGGUGGACUUCUACGUUUGCCUUUCACACAGUUUGUUCUCCAUCAACCCUUCUUUACUACAGAGCCACUUACUAGGUUAGUCCGUGAAUGUGAGGCCAAUCUUGAGCUUCUCUUUCCCUCUGAAGCUGAAGUUGUUGAGUCCUCCAGCACUGCGCAAGCACAAUCAAGCUCACAUCAGAACCACUCCCCAAGAAUCUCUGCCGAGACUUCCUCAACUCUCGGCGAUGAAAAUCUUGAUAUAUAUAAGAGUACACUCGCUGCUAUGAGAGCUAUAAAAGGUUUACAAAAGGCUAGCUCCACUUACAACCCAUUAUCAUUCUCAUCCCUUCUUCAGAACGAGGAUGAUGAGACGGUAACAGCUGAAAACUCUCCAAACUCUGGGAACAAAGAUGAUUCAGAGAAGGAAGAUACUGGACCUUCCCACUGAUCAGCAGUCAUCACAAUAGAAUAAUGCUCCUUUUUGGUCACGAUUUUGAGAUUUUUUUGCUACUUGAUAUCACCCUAACUUUUUCAUAAAUUAACACAUUUUUACAUCUUCACCUUUGCAGAACAAAGCUUCUGUUUGCAUUUGAACUGUAGUACAGUCGUUUUAUAGAUUUUCUAAGAAAAAUUUCUUCAUUG